UUUUUUUAUUUUUCUUAUAUGUUAAAUAAUUCUAAAAAUAAUAAAAAUUUGAAUAAAAUGGAAGAAGUUGAUGGAUUUUGUUAUGGUGGAGAAGUGAUUGGACAUGGAGCUUUUGCGGUGGUUUAUAAAGGCAGACAUAAAGAGACAAACAAAGAAGUAGCAAUAAAAGCAAUUGCAAAGAAGAACUUGUCCAAAGCGAAGAAUUUGCUCACAAAAGAAAUAAAAAUACUGCAAGAAUUGAAAGGUCUUCAACAUGAAAAUUUAGUGUCACUUUUACGAUGUGUGGAGACUCCAACACAUGUUUAUUUGGUUAUGGAAUAUUGCAAUCAUGGAGAUUUGGCUGAAUAUCUAUUUGGGAAACAAACAAUAAAUGAAUUGACUAUUCAACAUUUUUUCUCUCAAAUAGCAAAAGCAUUGGAAGCUCUAAACAAAAAGGCAAUUGUACAUAGAGACUUGAAGCCUCAAAAUAUUUUGUUAUGCAAUCCUCGACAUCCAAACAAACCACAACCUACUCAAUUGAUUGUUAAAUUGGCGGAUUUUGGUUUUGCUCGUUCUUUGCCUGAAGGUAUUAUGGCUGGAACUCUUUGUGGUUCUCCAAUGUAUAUGGCACCAGAAGUUAUAAUGUCACAGCAAUAUGGAGCUAAGGCUGAUUUGUGGUCUAUUGGAACGAUUAUUUAUCAAUGUCUAACUGGAAAGGCUCCUUUUUUGGCACAAACACCUCAAGCAUUAAAAAAUUAUUAUGUGCGACAUACAGAUUUGAGACCAAAUAUUCCUGACUUUUGUUCUCCUCUUUUGGCUAAUUUACUCUUGGGUUUAUUAAAAAGAAAUCCUAGUGAUAGAAUGGAAUUUGAUGCAUUUUUUACUCAUCCAUUUUUUGUAAAAGAAAUUAAUAUUGAUUGUGGAGGUUCUCCAUCUCGACAUAUUUCUAGGCAAUUAUCUUCUGAAAUUAAUUCCUCUCCUGUUCAUCAUCCAAAGUCAACAGGAAAAAUUGUAGUAGGCCAACAACAGCAGCAAGGAGGUGGUUAUUUUACAGGAAUGAAGCAACGAAUAAUUCCUUCUACAGACAGACAUUUGCCACAAACAACUACAACAAUCACAAAAACUACUACUUUUCAGCCAAACACAUCAAUACGUAAACAAAUUCCUCCUCCUCAAGACAAACAAGGAUAUUUACAAACAAAAACUACUCAUCAACAACUAAAUGAGUCUGGCGAAUUUACAUUUUUACCUCCAUUGCAAGAAACUCGCCAGUCUCAUCAAAAUCUUCAACAUUCUGGAGGGUCUUCUACUUGUUCUUCUGAUAAUCCUGUUAAACAAGUUCAAGUAAGCACAACAAAUAUACGUCCAAAAAUUUCAUCAAAUGUUCGUGCUGUUCCUGUACCUAACCAAAGAAAUGCUUUUGCAAAAAUUGAGGAAAGAAAAAAUGGCAAAAAUAUUAACAACAACAACAAUUUGUAUAAUAAUCAAACAACAAUAACAGAUCAACAACAAUUGAAAAAUAUUAAAAAUGAAAAUGGUUUAUUUAAUAGAGGAGAAAAAAUGGCUGAAUUGAAGGAACAAAAAAUUACAAGAAUUCCUUCUGUUGAGAAAAUUGAAAUUCCACAAACUCGUUUUAUCGUUUACAAUCAACAACAGCAACAAACCCCAACAUCAACACCAAAACCUUCAUCAAUAGAAACUUCAAAAUUUCGACGAAAUAACACAACUAAUGAAAUUUUGCAAGACAACAACAACCAAAUAAAUACAACAAUAAAUUCUCCUUGUUCAAUUCCAAAAUCAGCAACAACAAAUACUUUACCUUUAACAACCACAACACCUUUAAAUAAUCAACAACAAAAUUUACAAAAUAAUAAUUUAAAAAAUCCAAAUAAAUCUCCAAUUCCUCCACCAAUUAAAGUUAAAGCAUGCAUGAAGGUUGUUAAUGUUGGAAAAAUGUCUGAAAGCGAAGAUGAAGAGGAGGAGGAAGAAGAAGAGGAAGAUGAUGAAUAUAUUCACGAAUCAACAAUGAUUGAUGAUGAUGAAGAAGAAGAAGAUAAUAAAAUGGCCAAUAAAAUUAAACCUUCAACAUCUUCAUCAUUUAAUUUAAACAAAACAAUAACCAAAAAUCAUCAAGAAGAGGAUGAAGAAGAUGAUACUUUAGAACCCCCACCACCACCAGAAUUAGAACAAGAAACAAUUUUGGAUGAAUGUCAUAAUCAAACAUUGGCAAAAUUACGUUUUGUAUUAGAAUUGAUUGAAACAAUAUGUUCUGUUGCUGAAAAUAAAUCUAAUCCAAUUGCUAUUGCUAUGGAAAGUAGUAAACAUAGAUCGAGACAACCUUCUUCUGAUGCAUAUCGUCGUGCUGAACAAUUAGUUUUGUACAUUCGUGCAUUACAUAUACUUUCAUCUGCUUUGGUUUUUUCACAAAAACAAAUAAAUGCAGAAAAACUACAUCCAUCACCUGCAGUUCAAAAUGUUUUGAAUCAAUUGAACGAAAAAUAUCAUCAUUGUCUGACAAGGUCUCAAAUGCUUGCUUCACAUGGUAUUCCUGGACAAGAUCCGCAAAUGAUGGUUGUUUCUGCCGAACGUUUAAUGUAUCAACACGCAAUUGAAUUAUGUCAAUCUGCUGCUUUGGAUGAACUUUUUGGUAAACCACAGCUUUGCCCAAAACGUUACCAAAUGGCUUAUAUGAUGUUACACACAUUGUUAUAUACGGUUCAAGAUGAACAGGACAAAGCAAUUUUGCAAAAAUAUAAGAAUGCAGUAGAAAAACGUCUUCGAAUAUUAGAAAAGCAAGGUUUAGUUACUUCUGUAAUUAAUGAUAAAACGAUUUUGAGGGAUUAA